UAUAUAAAUAUAUGAAAGCAAAUUGCCUCUCUUUCUUGCACUCAAUGGCUUAAUUAUACAACUUACUACAAUUUUUUAAAUUUCCACUGAUUUCUUGCACCUGUGAGCUUCCUCAUAACUCUCCUUUAAAACAAGAGCCACACUAUGAUCAAGUUCCAAGUUAGUCCAAGCUAGCUUGACUCAUCUUCACAAUGAAGUUUUCAAGUCAAGCAAUCCCCUUCAUGGCUAUUAUUAUGGUAUUUCUAUUUCUCUUAUUUGCUUCGGCCUCAGAGGCUGCAGUCACAUGCAGCGAUGUCGUUAAGGACAUGAGACCAUGUGUGAACUACCUCAAGACCGGCAGUGGGAUGCCACCAACUGCUUGUUGUGCUGGAGCGUCAGCUCUUGCAUCUGCUGCAGCGACCAGUGCUGACAGGAAGACUGCUUGUAACUGCAUCAAGUCUGUCUCCAAGAACAUGAAUGUGAAUCCUUCUUUAGCCAAGGCACUUCCUGGGAAUUGUGGAAUUAGUUUGGGAUUCACUGUUGACCCCAACGUGGAUUGCUCCAAGGUCAGUUGAACAUGAAGUCUAGAGCUGGAGAAUGAGGCAUGUUUCGAGUGAUAUGUAUGAUCAAGCUUAAUCUAUGUUGUAAUGAAGUGGGAUAUACUAGUGUUUUUCCUCAUUCCUCUAGCAAAUAAUACUACUAUGAGUUGCUUGAUUUUCGCCCUAUUGUAUAAAAUAAAAUGUUUUUUCCCAUAUCAUCAGAAUAUGCAGUGACAAUUCUAUGUUUUAUGCAGUUUGUGAAAUGAGUGUACCUAGUUUUUCUUGGCAUUUGAUAUAAAUUGAAAGUA